AUGACUAAGAAGAUGGAUUCCCGGAAAUACAGCUUUAAUGAAAAUAUCGCGGUAUUUAUGGCCACAGAGAGUAAUUGCCGUAAAGCUUUGAAUCGUACUAAGAAUGCAACGGAUAAUGCGCGUGAAGUUGGAGAGCUUUUGAAGCCCUUAUUGGAAGAAAUACGUAAGACUGAAAAUUUGGAAAAGAAGAAUGAGUCAAAAGAGUUGUUAAAGAAGGCAGUAGAUGCAGCAAAAGAGGCCGAAGAAGCCGCUAACAACGCGAAGUUGAUAGCUACAGCAACAAUGGAUUUGGUGAGUUCAAUGCAGAGAGUUACAAAGGAAUUGCACGUACUCGUAAAGGAAGUUAAGGAAACUGCUACAGAACACAUUGAAAAGAAAGAAACGAAGAAAAUGGCUGAAGAGUGCAUGGAAAAAGCGGGGGAACUGGAGCGUACCGUUACAGGUGCCGAAUAUGCCAUUCCAAGUGCCAACGAGGUGGCGAAGAAGACCGAGAAACAGGCGAAAGAUGCCUCUGAUGCUGCAGUCCGUCUUCAACCAAUGAUUGAUGAAAUUUUCAAAAAGUACCCACAAAUAAAAGAAGAGGUGGAUCGUGAAAUUAAGGAAAGGGCUCAAGCAAACGCCAAUCCGACGAAUACAGGAAGUGAAGGUAAUAAGACGCCAAACGAAAAUAAGGAGUCGAACGGUACAUUUCCAACUAAACAGAAUGAAGAAAAUACAAGAAACCAGAAUACCAAUACCGCACAAACUGAGACGGGAAGCCAUACAACUGCCCAACAGCAGCAGAAUGAA